AUGGCGGUUAGUAACGACAUCACCAAGGAAGACCUGGAGUGUGUCAGGCAUGACUACAUGGCUCCUGGGGUAAUGACUGAGGGCAUGGUGGCCCAGGGUUCUUUCUCUGUAAUCCUGCUGCAUGGCAAAGGGAAAGCUGACUCCGCGGACCCGAAGGACGGGCGAAGCCUCUUGAACCUGAUCAUGGAGAUCAUUCAGGAACUGAAGAGGUACCACCUGGAGAAGGACGGUGGGGCGCAGUACUUCUCCAAGCACGACUAUAGCCUGGAUCGAAGGGAAGUGGCCGACUAUGCAGGAUACCAGGACGAGCAGAGAGUUGAAAUAGUUCCUAGAGAUCUGAGGAUGAAAGACAAGUUCUUAAAGCAUUUAACAGGUCCACUCUACUUUAGCCCAAAAUGUAGUAAACACUUUCAUCGGCUUUAUCACAAUACAAGGGACUGCACCAUCCCAGCAUAUUAUAAAAGAUGUGCCAGGCUUCUUACUCGGUUGGCAGUAAGCCCAAUGUGCAUGGAAGGAUAA